AUGACCUCAAGACUUAUAUGCCUCCUCGGUCCCACAGCAGUCGGCAAAACUGAGAUAGCAAUUCGACUUGCACAACGCCUCAAUGCCGAAAUUAUCUCCGUCGAUUCCCGACAAAUCUAUCGGCAGAUGGACAUCGGGACUGCCAAACCUACCCCCGAAGAACAGCAGGCGGCACGGCAUCACCUCAUAGACUGUGUAGACAUUUCCGAAUCCUUUUCCGUUGCUGACUAUCAAUCCCUUGCAGACACGGCGAUUGCUGACAUCCAAAACAGAGGCAAGCGGGUCCUGCUUGUUGGUGGUGCGGGUCUCUACUUUCGAGCGAUUGUUGAUGGCUUGUUUGAGGGACCGGGAGCGGAUCCUGCACUCCGAAAGCGACUUGAAGGUGAGGUGGCACAGUUCGGUGUUGAUGCGCUUCACGACCGACUCCGAGUUUGCGACCCAGAAUCUGCCGACCGAAUCCACCCCAACAAUAUCGUCCGCGUCAUCCGUGCCUUAGAAGUCUAUGAAUUGACUGGCACCCCGAUGUCCGAACUCCAGCAGCAGUGGCAUCCGGAAAAACAGCGAUAUCCGUUCAUCGCCUUCGGACUCACGAUGCCGCGUGCCCUGCUAUACCGUCGUAUCGAGCAACGCGUAGACGUGAUGCUUGCGAACGAAUUGAUAGCGGAAGUCGAGUCGCUAUUAGCGGCGGGGUAUGGCCGUGAUACCAUCGCACUCCGAAGUUUUGGGUACAAAGAGUUGAUCGCGUAUCUGGACGGGGACUGCACGUAUCUGGAAGCGAUCUCGCAACUGCGACAGAACACCCGUCGGUUCGCCAAGCGGCAGUUAACGUGGUUCCGCAAAGAUACACGCAUUGAGUGGCUGGAUCGGGAGUCAACACCGGAUAUUAUUGAAAAUAUUUUAGGGAAAAUUGGAGAUAUUUAA